AAUGACAAACCGUAACCGUAUUGGAACUGAAAGUUUAGUGCUUUGUUAAUUUUUUCGUUUGUCUAUCUCUCUUUGUCCUUGUACGAAAGGAACUCUGAUUCUAUGGAAGUUUAAUACGGGCCGAUAAUGUUAAAAGUAAAAUAUAUCAACUUCGUCAACAUAUAAACGGAACGCUAAAACCGAAAGAACAUCCCAAAAAUACAGAGAUUCGAUAUUUCCUGGGUGACGCCGGAAGCCUUAAAGCCUAGGGAGCAUUGAAAUCUCCAAAGGCCCACAGGCAUACGUGCGAACAAGGUUGAAAGUUCGUUCGUUAUAGUUUCUAGUGCAGUAGAAAACGGUUUGCGGUUUACCAGUCUUUCUUAAUUUGUGUUGUGUUCAAGUUGAAAAAGUUUAAUAUGAAGCGAAAGAGUUGCGGGGAAGAAAACCCUUGUAAAAAUAAUAAAAGAGAAAGAAAGAAAAAGAAAAAAAAAACAAACAGUAUACUUUAUAACAUGUGAAAACGAAAGUUCAGUUUAAGUAUAAAGUUUAAAAAGUUAAAUAAUUAAAGAAGUUUGUAACGUGAUAUAAAAAGUAUGUUGAACGCGGUAUGGAAUGCGCGCGAUGUGCCUUCAAGAGCGAGUACUACACGGGCUCUUUUUGACACAGGCUGGAAUAGCACAAGAUGUCUGACUCUGGUUCGGAGAGUUCCUCAUCCGAAGGUUACCCCGCCAGAAGAAAACAACUUAAUGCCGGGGACGAUGUGACCUCUACGCGUUUUUCACAACGGUCUCCCUCUCUCUCCGAUAGGAAGUCCCCAACGAGUUCUAUUUCUUCCAGAGGAAAAUCACCGGCUUCUAUCAUGUCUGUCGACAGAAGAUCUAAAUCACCAAGAUCAACGCCAGCAUCUCCAAAAUCACAAAGAUCCGAAUUGAUGUCUCCUAGCGAAGACGGUUCUCCAAGAUCUCCAAGAUCUCCACGAUCACCACGAUCUCCUCGCUCUGAAUCCCCAUUAUCGAAGUCUCCACCCGCUUCUCCCAAGUCUUAUCGCUCAGGGAAUAAUUCUAUAGAUUCGCCACGUACUGAUCGUAGUUCCUCGAGGUCACCUAUUCAAGAUGAAAGAUCUUGCCUUUCGACACCGCACGAUUCUAAAUCUUUACUCUAUGGAGAUUCGGAAGCGAAGUCAUAUGAUUUCGAUGCGGAUACUCAAAAAUCAAGAGAUAAUUCGCCGAAAUCACUUUCGUAUAGAAAUAGCGAAUCUAGACAGAGUUCGCCUAAAUCGCCAAGGUCAGGACGUAGUUCGGUCAAGUCUCUUCUAUCUGGAAGAAGUUCUCCAAAAUCUUAUAAAUCUGGUCAAGCGUCUCCUAUAGAUGAUCAUGAAUCUGACAAACAUUCGCCUGAACGGUCUCCAGUAAAUAAAAAUAAUUCUUUUAAUGAAUUAGAUGGCGAACAGAUAUCAGAUGGAGAUAUAGACGAUGAACCGGAACCCGUUCCUAAAUCGAAACCUGCACCGAUAUCUCAUGGAGAAGACUUGUCCGACGUAUCUGAUCUUGAAAGUAUGGAUGGUGCAGAAGAAUCUAUCGAUCGGGAAAGAGAUUCUAUCAAAGAAAAAAGGGAUGACAAUGAGCCGAGUAUGAAGAACGACGAUAAAAUUGGACAAGAGGAGAAAACUGCUAGUGUAAACAUAGAGGAGAGCGAACAGCUUGAUUUCGAAGCUGACGGUCAGUGGAAAGAUGAACGUGAUGAAGGAGAUGCAGACAUACCUGCAAUUAAGGAACACAAAGAUAAAUUAGAAAGAGAUGCUAAAGAAAAAGAUAAGGAUAAGGAUAAGGAGAAAGAUAAAGACAAGGAUAAGGAUAAAGACAAGGAAAAGGAUAAGGGAAAGGGAGUUGAUAAUAUAGGAGCGAACGAUAAGGAAGAGGGUGAAGAAGAUGGAGAGAAGGAAUCCGAAUUGGAAGAAGGAGAGCUUAGCGAUGGAGAUGAUGCUCGACCGGAAGAAACCGAACCAAGACCUGUUUGUAGAUUUUACAAUCGAGGACAAUGUACGUGGGGUGUUAGCUGUAGAUUUUUACAUCCUGGUGUAACCGACAAAGGUAAUUACACUAUGUUCGACAUGGUACGACCAAUGGCCUAUCCUCCACAUGCUGCUGCACCUCACGAAUAUCGAGCACAUAUCGAUAGACCAAGUAUCGUUCGACCAUUAACUGGCUAUGGUGGUGCUCCACCUCACGCACCAAAAGUAGAAGAAUUGCCAACCGAAUCUGCCUGGGAACGAGGAUUACGGCAUGCCAAAGAAAUGAUGCGUAAAGCUAACAAACGCAAAGAAUCCGAUAUGGAUUUCGAAGAGAAGAAAAUGAAUUUAAGUUUAGGACAAGAUGAAUUGGAUCGUGAAGCAGGAUAUUAUGUACGAGCUGCUAGCCCUGAACCACCUGUUGAAAGGUGGCCACCGAGGGAACCACCACCACGAAGGAUACCACCACCAAGAAUCACACCUGAACGGUACAUCGACGAACCAGAAACUUAUUAUCCACCUCCUGCAGCUCCACCUGAUUAUUAUCGGAGAGUCCAUUACAAGUCGGAUUCUCGAACUACUGGGGAAUAUCGCGAGCGGCUCGAGUAUCAUGGAAUUCCACGGGGUGCACCGCAUUCUGUUUCACCGCCACCACAUACCAGAGAACGCGAACGUGAAAGAGAUAGAGAACGCGAACGUGACAGGGAACGUGAGUAUUACGAGAAGUAUGAAAAGAAGCACAAACGACCAUCUAGGGAGGUCAUAGUUGAACGCAUACCACCGACUAAAACUUGGCGCGAAGAGGAACCACCACCUAUGGAAAGAGGAAGAGCCGACGAAUGGGCAGAUCCAUGGAUGCGUCGUAAAUCACCGAGUACCGUGCGCCGUAAUACGACAUCCUCAAGACGUUCUCGUAGACAAUCCUAUUCCUCUGGAUCGUCGUACUCAUCGACCAGUUCUAGCCGUAGCUCGAGCCGAUCUAGCUACAGUUCUUACGACUCCCUAUCCAGGUCCCGUUCACCUACUCCUCCCUCUAGAACCCGCAGCAGUGGAAAAGGGAAAGCAACGGUCCCUUCACCACCUGCGAGCGCCGCAGCAGUUCCUUCUGGAGCACCACAGCGUGGUGCUAUGCUAAUGAACCCACCGGCUCCUUCUCCUCGUCCACCCAAAGGCUCCAUCUCUCCUACUACGGGAACGCUACAUCGACGUGCUGGUUUGAAUCCGCCAGCACCAAGCCCAUUAUCGUCUCAUCAACGACAUCAUGAAAAAACAAGGGACAAAGCAGCCAUUGCUGCGGCUGCAGUGGCUAAGGUUAUCAAAAGUAGAUCUAGGUCUAGAUCUUCUCAUAGUAGUUCUGGAUCAGAAAGUAGCGGUAGCAGUAGCGAUUCGAGCGAAUCGAGUUACUCGUCGUCUUCCAGCGAAACUCGUAAAAGAAAAGAUUCCACGCCUCCUUUAACCCGCAAAGAUUCUAAAGCUAUAGACGCCUUGAAGCUUAGCGGAACAAAACAACAGAUAAAGCUUACUUUGAAACCGACAAGUAACAUUUCAACGACCAAGAAGAUUGAUCGUUCGACAAUAAUGGCUGGAAAGAAGAGGAGCCUCGAAUCUCCGCCUUUGAUUGAUAGCAAAGCAAGUGUUGCUGCCGCUGCUGCCAAAGCUGCUAAAAAAGCUAGCUCUCGUCGUGAGGAAUUAUUGAAACAACUUAAAGCUGUCGAAGACGCAAUUGCUCGGAAGAGAUCGAAAGUUUGAACUUCUCUGGAAUAUAAUAAUAAUUAUAAAGAAAAAGAAAAAGAAAACGAAAACCCAAACGUGUGCGCUUCGUCGUUUCUUGCUUCUUCAUCGUCGACCGUUUAAUACGAUGCAUUAAAAAUUGCAUAAAUAAUAAGUCAAAGUAUUUCUUAGAACGAUCGAUGCAUAAUUAGCUGUAAUAAUAAUAAUAAUAAUAAUAAUAAUAAUAAUAAUAUUUGAGAAUUAGAGAAGCAGACCAGUGGUGCGUGGAUCAACGAUUUUCUUUUUUUUUUUUGUCAUUUUCUAUUACGAAUUUUUAAUUAUCAUUCACAAAUAUAUAUUUACAAUAUUAUUUUCUUAUUCGAUAAUAUUUUUUGUUCUUUUUUUUAUUUUUUCUCCAAGCCCCAAUCGUCACAUCAUCGAUCGUCGUUUCUUUUUGUUUUUUUUUGUACACUUUCAUUAAUUUCAAAUCGUGCAAGUUAUCUCUAAGCAAGUUUGUAGUUUGUUUGUUUGUUUUUUUUUAAUCAUUUUAUAUAUAAUUUGUAAAAGCUCUAUUGAAGUUAUAUAUUAUCAUCAAAUGAAAUAAUAAUAUUCAGUGAAGAGAAAAAGAUAUAAAGCAAGGGGUUUUGUUUUUUAAAUAAAUACGAAAGCUCGUGUGGGUACUGUUAACAAAAGAUAAAUACGUAACUUAUUUUUGCUUAUACUACGCGAUUAUUAUAUUUAGAUACUGCAUAUUCUACUGUUUCAGAGCUUAAGUAAAAUAGAUGGGAAUUGUAUGUAUGUGUUAGUAAUAUCAUUUUAUGGACAAUAAUUAAUAGUCGAUUUAAAAUGUAUAAACGACAUUAUAUACCUGUUAUAAUAUUCAAGUUUUCUUUUCUUUUCUUUUUUUUUUUGGGUUUAUUUCUCAGUAAGUUUAUGUAACAUUAAGAAAAAGAAAACAAAAAAGUAACGCCGAUGAUUAAUGGUAAUCGAAAAUCAAUCGAAAAGUUCAUUCGUUUACGUUGUAUUUAAAUUCAAAAUGUUUUAUUCUGUAUUUGUUCAUUUUAACAAUUUGAUUAAUGAAAAACCGUUCACAUUAUUAUCAAGAAAUAUAAUAAUUUAUUAUUAUUAUUAUUAUUAUUAUUAUUAUUAUUAUUUUGUUUCUUUUUUUAUUUUUUGAUCAGGUGAAGAAAAAAAAAAGUAUCGAAAUAAUGUGUUGUAACAAAAGAGGUAAAUUUUAUUAUUACAAAAACGUGCUGCUGCGAUUAUUGAAAAUACGCGCGUAAAUUGUAAAAAUAUCAUCUUACAAAGAUCGCCCGACGUUAUCAUCAUAUCGUAUUUUGUAUCAAUAACGUGUUUUAUCUUAUAAUAUAAUUGUAUUGCAUUAGUUUGUUCGAAAUCAUUUAUUAAAGAGACACAAACGAUGAAGCUGCUUGCAUUGGAUGCAAAAAUAUAUUUGAAAAAAAAAAAA